CACCCCGGCUGUAAGGGGUCGCCCGGCGCGCGCUGACACUUGUGGAGCCAACUUUGCGCUGUUUUCCGCGGUGCUGAGCCUGGCGGCCCAUGGCCGGCUCUGGAGCUCAUGUGUUUGUCAUUUUGUAACGCGAGAGAAGCAGGAAGUUUGACGUGAUAAAACGGUGUGUUCAGGGAGGCCAGACGCUCCCAACGACCUGUGGAAGAUGACUUGGAAGUGGAUUCCGAAGCCGCAUUUUCUGCUACAGACUGGAGCGGUGUUUUCUUUCUUUCUUUCUUUUUUUUUAAAAGACUUUUCCUACACAAAGCUCUGAAGAGUCUAUGAAAAUGGAUCAUUCUGAAAAUGGAUCAUUCUGUAAAUGGAGACAUAACCUUGAGACUUAGCUCAGCCCCACCUGUGGCCUGGGCCUUCUGAAGUCUAAUGUUCCAGAACUCCAGUGCCUGUCAGCGUGGAUGGAGGACUUGGGGCCCCGACCAUGGUCACACUCAUCACUGAGAAGCUGCAGAGCCAGAGUCUGGACGACCUCACCCGUAAGGCCAAGGCUGGCCCGUAUUAUGCUGAGAAGCUGAACAGAAGUGGCCAUUUGUUCCCUUUGGAGAUCAGUGCAGACCAGAACCCCCAGAAGGUCUUAGGUGGAGGAUGGCCUGUUGGAAGCCAGGGGGCCACAGGCCACGAUCUCCCGUUCCUGCCCAGCCUGUCUGGUGCAGCUCACAGUGUGGGUCUCCGGUGGCAGCCGGAGUCGCUGGGCCCACAUACAGGCCUGGAUGCGGUCAGCGCUGCGGACCUCAGUGAGAGCACAGGGCCACCUGUGGCUCCGCCGACCAAGCGGCACUGCCGAUCCCCAUCCGAGCCUGAGGAGCUGGCACGCUGCAGGUCCCUGUGGUGCCCCAGCAGCUCCAAGGUCUGGACUCUGGUCUCCAAGAGGUGGUGCAACAGUGGCGGGAGCACCACGCUGCAGGAAAGCGUGGGUACCAUCCUGCCGAGGAGUGUUGUGCCGCUGGCUGGCCCCACCUCGCCCCUGGCACCCCGGCCAUCCUCGGCCAGCGGCGGCUUUGUGGACAGCAGCGAGAGCAGCACCGGCUCAGGCCCACCCUGGCAUUUGGUGGGGCCCUGCCUGCUCCCCUCGAGGCGCCGGCUGUCCCUCUCUCAGGAGCACCUUGUGGGCACGUGCACCCCCCUGCCCUCAGCCAGCAGCACCCCCACAUCCACGCCCGAGCUGGGCCGGCGCCACGGCCUGCUCCGGUGCCACUCACAGCCGUGCGUGCUCAGCAGGACGAGGAGCCAGCGCAAGCGGAGGCACCAGGAGGAUGCCCCGUGGACACGCCCAUCCCUGGAUUUCCUAAAAAUGACUCGGACUUUAAAAAAUUCAAAAAGCCUUUGCUCCCUCGAUUGCGAAGAUGACGAUGAGGGUGAUGCCCAAGUGAAGACGGCCGUGUCCUCGCCAAGUCACUCACAGGGCCUCAUGGGCAUCCUUGUAGCAGGCUGCGCCCCCUGGGGUGCGUGCCCCAGGCCCUGCCCCACCAGCCCCAGCCUGUGGGCCUCGAGGGAGCUGGUGGCCAAUGAGAGCGUGGGCAGGAGCAGUGGGGACCCCAGUGACUGGGACAGUGCUGGGGAGGAGGGCGUCUUCCCUCUGGACCAUGGUGAGCUGGACCUCGAGCAGAUCGAGAACAACUGACUCCCACUGGGGGAUGGGGUUGGAGGGGCUGUCGCCUGGGUCUGCUCUCAGCGCACAGACAGAAGAUAGGUUAUGUGUUAUUUUGAAGAUUGAGCUAUAAUUUUGAUUCAAUUUUUCCUAAAGAAGUAUUUUGCAUUUUUAUGGCUUUUAUAGUUCUGGGGAAAGUGUCUCUAUUUUGAAAUGAAUUUUCAGAAGGGCAUUCUAUUAAACAUGAGUCUGCAUACAGAGUUCAGUGUGGGUACGUUCCUUUUGUGAAAAGCCCACUGUGGAGAGGGCCUUGCACGGUUUCGUUGCUAGGAAGCCUCCAGAGGGGCUCAUGGAGUGCUUUGGCCUGCACAGGGACAUUUGGUGCCUCAGGCUCUGUCAUCCGUGUGCUGGAGAACUGCCAGCUGGCGGUGACGCUGUCUGGGGCGGGCCGAGCUGCAGCAAGUCUGUGCUCCAUGGCCGAGGAGGGUCUUGGUCCCCUGAAGUGGGACGUGAAGCCGGCCCUCCUGGAAGGAGAUCUCUUGGCAGCACCAGUCAGCACCUGGUCUGUGAAUUCAAUAAAAGGCGUUUGCUUUGCAUGUGUGA